CUUUUCCAAUCCGCCGUCUCACCAUGGAUAACGUUGGGAAUCUCAUUGCCCGUCAUGACAUCCAUUUCAGAAAGGAAAUGCCUCGCCUAGCCAAUCAUGCGGAGCGAUUUCCCCCGCUGCCCACUCAGUCGCUUGGAGACAAGGUGGUUCCAGACUCUACUUCGUCCUCACAAAUACGCGACAGCUCUAGGAGGUGGUGUGGAAGAACGCCCCGAAAAACCCCCUCCACUACUCAGAGGAACUUCUCACCCAGAUCCUUGAUUCGUCCAUCCGAGUCACGGAACAAGUUGUCUGUCUCCUCUAGAUCUCGGCUCAUUAUCAAGAUGCGCUUGGGACCACUCAUUGUUCCUAAGGAUGACGCAGUUUUGCAUUAUGGUAGAACAACCGUUGAUCUCCAUGUAGGCUGCCUAAUAUCCUGGUCAUACCUUCAUAAGCUAGCCACUGAAGGCCCACGGCGUGUCUGUUCGCUUUUUCAAUUUUGGCACGCUGGUUUGUGAAUUUCUUCUCUUCCACCAGAAUACAUAAGCACAACUUCUUUCUGUAUUGUGAAUCAAAUCAAAAUGUCGGAUUUUGUUAUUACUGCCAGUAGCACCCCAGUUUCACAUGCCACAGCACGACUCAAUGGCCCAAUUCACACAGAAAGGCACAUCAAUAUCAUAGUCGUUGGGGCUGGUGCAUCUGGCCUGUUAAUGGCAUACAAGCUGCAAAAGCAUUUCAAGAAUUACACCUUAACCAUAUACGAAAAGAACCCCGAAGUUUCAGGGACGUGGUAUGAGAACAGAUAUCCAGGGUACGUAUUCUUCUUAUUACGCAUUGCAUCCCUUCUAAUCUGGAAGCAGAUGUGCCUGCGAUGUACCCUCACAUAACUAUACCUGGAGCUUCGAGCCAAAAACAGAUUGGUCGGGCGUUUAUGCCAGCAGCACGGAAAUAUUUGCUUAUUUUGACUCAUUUGCUGAGAAAUAUCAGCUUAAACAAUACAUCAGAAUACAGCAUCAAGUUACUGGGGCAUACUGGAAUGAUCAAACCGGUGGUUACGAUGUCAAGAUCCGAGAUAACAAGGGUGGUCAAGAAUUCAAUCAACACUGUGAUAUUCUCAUAAAUGCUUCGGGCAUUUUGAACAACUGGCGAUGGCCUGCAAUUCCUGGUUUGGAUAAAUUUAGAGGUACUUUACUGCAUACUGCAAAUUGGGAUGAUAGUGUUGAUCUUGCUGGCAAGCACGUUGGUUUAAUUGGAAAUGGGUAAGCAAUAUCUUAACACGACAAAAACAUCUGUCAUAAACUGACGAUUGUAGGUCCUCCGGGAUUCAAGUUCUUCCCAAGAUCCAGCCAAUUGCAAGAAAGGUCACCACAUUCAUUCGCGAGCCAACGUGGGUUUCGCCUGUGCAAGGACUUGAGGAUCACAUCUAUUCGCCACAGGAGAGGAAAGAAUUUGCAGAAAAGCCAUACGUACUCACAGAAUACCGAAAGAAUGUGGAGCGCGGUCUCAAUGGACAAUUCGGGAUUUUCCUUAAAAACACCAAACCUAGUACCGAGAUCACUGAAUAUAUGACACAACAAAUGAAAGAAAGGCUACAAAAUCAAUAUUUGGAGGAACGGUUGAUCCCAGAAUGGUCUGUUGGAUGCAGGAGAAUGACACCCGGCGUUGGGUACCUCGAGAGCUUAGGGAAAGAAAAUGUGGAAGUAGUAUACGGAGAGAUCAACGAGAUCACCGAAAAAGGAUGUCUUUGCGAAAACGGACAAGAGUACCCGCUUGAGAUUCUCAUCUGCGCUACUGGCUUUGAUACCACCUUCAGGCCCCGUUUUCCGCUCAUCGGCCCUGGCGGUAUCGACCUUCAAGAUCGUUGGAAGGAUACGGCAAUAUCCUACCUUGGAAUGGCUGCCGCUGAUUUCCCAAAUUACUUCAUCUUCAUUGGGCCCAAUUCGCCUAUUGGCAACGGUCCUGUCCUUUCCGCUAUUGAAGCACAAGCAGAUUACAUGUGUAAAAUGAUCGACCGUUACCAAACAAGAAACAUUAAGACUUUUGCCCCAACCCAAGCAGCAGUUGAUGACUUCGUGGCUCACAAAGAUAACUUCAUGACAAAAUCAGUUUGGGUUGAUCCAUGUCGAUCAUGGUACAAAGGCAACCGAGCCGAGGGACCAGUCACUGCUCUUUGGCCUGGAUCCACGCUCCAUUACAUCGAAGCCAUCAAAGAGAUUCAAAUCGAGGAUUGGGAUAUCAAAUAUAGUGGGAACCGGUUUGCGUGGUUGGGGAAUGGAUACAGUCAGACAGAAUUGGAUUCUACUGCUGAUUGGGGGUAUUACAUCAGAGAGGUAGACGACGAUAGCCCGCUUACAACUGGAGGAAAGAGGAAACUACUGAGUAAGAGUGGAACUGUUACUGAGAAUAUUGGGAUCGAUUUUACUGGCAAGAAUGCUGUACCGUUGAGGGCUAAUCUGUAG